AUAAUAUCAACAACCCUACUUCCCCAUUGUUGCAGCACCAAAAAAUGAAGGCACCGCAAUUCUCUUCCAUGCAGGAGGGAGAAACCACCCCUCCCAGCUGGAAGGGGGUUCGCCGGUUUCCCUCCUUUUCCUCCAAAACAAACAAGGCCAAUAUCAUUGGCGGGCAUGGUAAUUGUCAUUCCUUUGAGUUAAAGGAGGCUGCAGAAGCAUUGCAACUAAGAGAAUCAGGCAGGGAGAGGCUGAAAAGGCAUAGAGAAGAGGUGGCAGGACGAGUUCCAAUACCGGAUAAAUGGGAGAAGGAGGAGUUGCUUAAGGAUUGGAUGGAUUAUUCUUCCUUUGAUGCGUUGUUGGCCCCAAAGGGACUUGGAUUGGCUCGAGAAGCUUUGAUGGCAGAGGGACGGAGGAUGGCUCCUUAUCAUCAACAUCAACGACUCAGGAUACAAAGUAUGUGCUGAACAGAAACUAUCCAAGGAACCUCAGCUCUGUACCUUUCUUUUAUUACUUAUGUUGUUUGCAUAAUAUGUUAUUACUUAUUAGUAAUAAUUCAUGAUUCCUUAC